GACCACCUUGUCGAGAGUGUAUAUCGAAGACUGUGCCACAGUGGCAUUUCGAGUCUUCUUGUGGCGGCGACUGACGCCAACAGGUUCUUGAUGUCGCUUCAGCAGAUAAAUUUCCUUUGUGAUUUGAAUGUUGCUUCACCUCUAAGUGAAGAAUCUUCACGAACACAUCGCAUGAAUGAUGCUUUUUUAUCCUCCUUUAGUUUGUCUUUUAUGCAGCGACUCACAAACAAGCCUCAUAGCGUGCUACAGGUACAGAAAGACAUAUCGAUAUCGAGUAGAGCAUCAUCAAUACCUACGAGAGAUGUUGACCAAUCAAAAAAGACGAGCAUAAGUAGCAUAUCAGAUGAAUCUGUCUCUGCGAUCUCAAAUCAAGUUCGUCGCACUUUGAUCGCACUACUAGGUAAGCGCCGCGUCGUUAGCGACGUAUGUCUAGCGCACGGCGGCGAACAAGAAAGAGACUUAUCUUCUAGUACAACGAAUUUCAGUUUUCCCAAGUUUUCAGUCGCCUUCCUUCUAGAUCUAAAUGGCAGAACCGAUAUGAAUCUAUUGACGCAUAAGCGAGGAGGUAUUUGAAUUACGAGUCUUGGACGAGUUGUCGCGAUCGAAGUGGUCUUUGGCUGAAAUAGAUCGCUUGUGAUUGUGUUCACCUUCGAUGACAAAUGGCAUUUCUACGGACGAAGAACCAAAAAAACGACUACGCAAGAACUCCUAGAACGAGAACGCGCAGAACAACAAAUCAAAAAUACAUCCAAAACUGGCAAAAGGACACGACGAGAGUCAAGAGAGAACUUCAUGUUGAUCGUGCAGGAUUCAAUUAUAAAUUGCAGCUGCUAUUGCUACUUCGCUUUUUCCAGAGUAAACACUCACAUAGGUAGCAAGCAACUACAUUUAAAAAGAACAACCAUGGCACCUUCCGCUUCUGCUCCGAUCGCAGCCAUCAACAAGAUGCUCGCCGGCCAGGACAUGGAUAUUAUGCAGCUUGGCCCGAUAAUAGCAGCAUUCGUUGCUGUGGUAGCUACUUUUUUGUUCUGGUUUCAGACCCAAAGAGGUGGAAAAGUCCUGAUCCGAAAGAAGAUCGGGUUGCAAAUCUCACACAUCGAAGAACUAUCCGAAGACACCAAGCAAAUCCGUUUGGCGUUUCCGAGGAGUCGAAUGCAUCUUGGAUUGCCAGUGGGAAAGCAUUUCAAGGUACUUUUUACUUGAACCUGGUUUUUUGCAGAAUCGUCGUUUGAAAAAUCAGCUGCGAACAUCUUCCUUCUAUCCCCUUAUGUAGCACUUUCAGUUCCAAUUAAUUUCGCAUUGACUGGAACUAGUACAAAUUUCAGAACAUAAUUUUUAUUUUGACAUUCAUGUACAUGUUCAUCUGCUUCUUGUUGAGUCCAGAUCAUUAUUCUUAUCACUCACUCGCACUCAGAUUAUCCUUAUCACUCACUCGCACUCGUCCAUAUCUAUUCCACCCUUUCAACCUACAGAUCUUCGCCCCCAACCCGGGAAAAGGGCAAGACACAUGGAACGGCCGCGAAGACCCAGAGUCUAAGAAGGCUGACAUCGAACGCGCUUACACACCAGUGACAGGCGAUGAAACUCUCGGCUAUGUUGAUCUGGUAGUCAAGAUGUACCGAAAAGGCGACGUGAAAAUGCCAGAUGGUAAGACGAUGACAUGGGCAGACGGAGGCAAAAUGAGCGGAUGCUUCUUGGACAAAAAGAAAGUGGGAGACUACAUCACGAUAGACGGACCCUUUGGCCUCUUGAACUACUUGGGAAGAGGGGAGUUCAAGCUGCCGAGUGUUUCAGGUACUACUAUUCUUUGUAGACUGCCUCACUAUCGAGGUGACGUCGAAUCAAUCUACUGGCAUUUCUUCUGCUCCUUCUGAUACGACCAGUUCUAGUUCACUCUUACCUCCCCCUCACCAACCAAACAGGUACGCGCAAGUACCAGCACGUCGCCAUGAUGGCAGGCGGUUCGGGACUCACACCUAUGCUGCAGGUUAUUCAAGCAAGUCUCCGAGAUCCGGCUGAUAAGACAACUUUUUCCCUACUCUACGCAAACAAGACGGAGUCCGAUAUCCUAUGCAGGGACUUGCUAGAUGCAUGUGUGAAGCAAGGCAAAGGCAGGGUGAGAGUGCAAUACACCUUGGACUUUCCGCCAGCGGGAUGGGACGGCGAGAAGGUAUUGUUUGACACACUGUAUAGAAUGAAUGAACUACUACUUACAAUUUUGAAUAUGCACCUUCUAGUUUGCAUCUAGUUUAUUGAUCAUGUAUGUUGAAUGAACUACAGAAUUAGAUUUUGAAUUUGCACUCUGUAUAGAAUGAAUGAACUACUACAAUUUUGAAUGUGCACCUUCUACACGCAAGUGAAAUCUUGAUUUUUGUUGGUUCUCUACUCACUUAAUGUCCUUCCAAUCCAGGGCUUCAUCACCCAAGAGAUGAUUACGCGAAAUUUGCCAGCCAAGGAGAAAAGCCCCUUGGUUCUCCUGUGCGGUCCCCCACCAAUGGUCAAGUUUGCGUGUCAGAACAACCUGGAGGCUUUGGGAUACGAUAAGAAGGACAUUGCGAACUUCUAG